GAAAAGGAAAAAAACAACGAAUUUUAGGAAUCUUAUUGGCGCUCGGGAUCCGUCUAGUACAGAAUGCAAAUGAUUGAAAGUACACCAUCUGCUCUGUUUAUGCUCCAUAUAACAAGACACACUGAAGGACAUCACUAACAGAAGCAUAUCUGUGCUUUUCACUUGGAAAAGCAAAAUUUGUGCAGAAGCUAUGGCAUUUCUUUUGAAAUCGGAGACGUCUAUGGUGGAUCGUAAUUCCAUUAACCAAUUACACACGUUCAUACGGAAGAUUGAAGCUGGAUAGAAUGGAACUGAGGACACUUCCACUUCCAUAAGGUCUGAGCAGGGCGGCCAUUGGACGAGCAGCGCCACGUGACAGAGGGGUGCCAAUGUUACUCUUCACGGGUGUCAGGACCCUGUCAGUUUGUGAAAUAAAUAUUGGGAAACAACGAAAUGCAAAAAGCGACCUACUACGACAGCUCUGCGAUCUAUGGCGGAUACCCCUACCAAGGAGCAAAUGGUUUCACUUAUAAUGCAAGUCAGCAGCAAUACCCCCCUGCCUCAUCCCUGCUGGAGAGUGACUAUCACCGGCCUGCCUGUUCGCUGCAGUCCCCUGGCGGCACAGGGCCACACCACAAAGCCAAUGACAUCAACGAAAGUUGUAUGAGAGCCAUUAGCAGUCAAUCUAACCCAGUCCCGGUCAUCUCAGACCAGCAGCAGCACACACCACCCUCUCUGUCCCCGCCACAGAAUGCCACUAAUGCAGCCACAGCAUCCACCACCAAGGCCACCAACAUCACCUCACCCACCAUGUCAAAGCAGAUAUUCCCAUGGAUGAAGGAAUCUCGGCAGAAUACAAAGCAGAAAGCAACAGGGAGCUCCAGCUCAGGUGAGAGCUGUGCUGGAGACAAGAGCCCCCCAGGGCAAUCCUCUUCCAAAAGAGCCCGCACGGCUUACACAAGUGCCCAGCUGGUUGAACUGGAAAAAGAGUUCCACUUUAAUAGAUACCUAUGCCGGCCUAGAAGAGUGGAGAUGGCGAACUUGCUCAACCUCACAGAGAGGCAGAUCAAGAUCUGGUUCCAAAAUCGACGCAUGAAAUAUAAAAAGGAUCAGAAAGGGAAAGCCAUGAUGACGUCAUCGGGUGGCCCCUCACCUUGCAGGAGCCCUGUGCCACCGCCAGCUGUUGGAGGGUACCUAAACUCUAUGCAUACUCUGGUAAACAGUGUCCCCUAUGAGCCUCAGUCGCCUCCACCGUUCAACAAACCACAUCCAAACGCCUAUGGUGUGCCUGCUCCAUAUCACAGCCCCCAUAACAGCUGCCCCCCUCAUCAGAAGAGAUACACAGGGACUGCUGCUGUCACCCCAGAAUAUGACACACAUCCACUCCAAGGCAGCGGUGGCUAUGGCAAUCCUCACGUACAGGGAAGCCCCGUCUAUGUAGGGGGCAAUUAUGUUGAAUCCAUGACUAAUUCAGGGCCUUCCAUGUUCGGUCUAUCUCAUCUGUCUCAUUCCUCUAAUAUGGACUACAACGGACCUGGACCAAUGAACAGUAGUCACCAUCAUGGACCUUGUGACUCUCACCCAUCUUACACAGACUUAUCUUCUCAGCAUAGUUCUCAGGGAAGACUUCAGGAAGCUCCCAAACUGACACAUUUGUAAUGGACACAAAUACACUUAGGGGAACUCAAUUACAAGUUCCUUUAAAACAACCUCUCCCACCCCACUCCACCCCACCCCCUUUAUAUAUAUUUUAUUUUUAUUUGUCAGCAAUAUUAAUUGCAUUUUGUUUUGUUUUGGUUUCAUGGUGCAUUUCGCCCUUCAUGGACAUUAUUUGAUGCAGAUGACUUUUUUUUGUAUUUUAUUUUCACUUUUAUCAAACAGGGUAUAAGAACAAAUUUUAUAAGAAAACGAAACGUUUAUUAAUUUGUUCCUACAUGUCUCCCCUCCAUGGGAGCAAAUGAAAAUUUCAUUGCACUUCUUUUAAAUUGCUAGACAAAUUUAAAAAAGCGCUUGGGCAGGGUCAGCCUGGAUCAUGAUUAUACUUGUACGUCAUUAAUGUGUGUAUGCUGGUGCAUAUAUUCCGGUUAAUUUAUUGUAUUUUUCUUCUGCAAACUAAAAUAUCGAACUGUUUACAUAUUAUUUAUCCCAUCUUCAUAUUUAUAAACAAUAUAUACCCUUAAAAAUUCAGGUCGUGGUAUUGGCCUUUUGUUUGAUGGGAUAAUGGCACAGGGAGCGACAUUUAAAAGAAUUAAUUCCCUUUUAAGUUGCAAUAAAAUCGUACAGAAAAAAAAUAAUAGUGAGAAAUUGUAUAUUUGCUAUAAACACCACGCAA